AUGGAGACGGCGACAACAGCCAGGCCAGCAUCUUCGAAGGGCACACACCUGGAGACAGAAGUCCUUCUCCAGUUGCUCACGUGGGAUCCCGCCGCGGAGAGAGCGCCCAUGGCAGGUUUCCACUCUCUGCCAACAGCGAGCAGCCAGUCUGGAAAGGCCGCACCCUACGAGGUUCAACCACACGAGGCGAAGAGAAACGGAGGCGAGGCACAGCGAGGAGGGAGGGCGUUGUUGCGGGAGCAUUUGAAGCUGGCCUCGUACGCUGCGAACCGUCCGCUCAUGGCGCCGUCGUCGCAGGAGCAGCAGCCGGCCCUGCGCGGCGGCGCGGCGCCGCAGCUGUCCACAGACUGUGUGAGGGAGGGCGAUAGGGCACCCCACCUUUCGUCGUUAAAUGCCGGAAAGUUGGAGCGUCGCGAAACCAGGGCGGUCAGGCACAGGGGGUCUGCAAGCUCCGCCGGGUCCCUCACGUCUGGCAUGCACACUCGAUGCCCGUCCAGGGAGAGCAUAACGAGUGCGGGAGAAGAAGACAGAGCGUGCCCGUCGACGUCGAAUUCGAGCGGGCCUGUGGAGCAGCACUCGGGACUCGCGGCUAGCCAGGGCGCCGACGACGGACAAGAAGAGGACUCCGAAGGAGCAUGGCAGGCCCACUCUCCUGGUGAAAUUUCGCAGAGGGAGUCUAAGCUGUUUGACUUGCAGAACGGUGUCGAGUUGGGUCCCCAGGCUCUAGCAGCUGUGACCGGGAGCGUGUGUGCCCAGCGCGAGGAUGGAGGAGAUGCAUGCGGGGAGGACUCCGGCGGAGGGGGCCAAGACGACGCGCCUGAGCACCGAAGCUCAAAAAGAGAGGCAGUGACGGCGCCUGCCUCCAGUUCCCUAGAAGGCGUCGAAGGCUGUCACGUCCCCUCAGGAGGCGGUCGCCUCUGUCAUCGACUCCCCAAGGUCUCGCCGCGGUCGGCUUCGCUGAGCUGCCGCGGGCUGGACUCGUCCGAGAGCCGUCCCAGCGCCGCCGGUCGCCCCUGCGGCGGAGUGCAGUCCGCCAGCACCGACGCUGAGACGCAGACAGCCGCGGCGCGUGCCGUGGCGGCUGCCGGGAGUCGAAGCAGCUCUGAGUGGCUUGCGGCGGGCGCAGACAGCUGCUCCGCCUGCGCGUUGUCGGCACUGCCCCCGUCGGUCGGCGAAGAAAAGUCGAGGAACGACGUGGAGACGUGCGAAGCAGACGGCGGCGAGAACUUGGAGGGCGCGGGGAAGAUGGAGCAGCCCUGGCGCGGUGCAGCGGGGAUGAGUGGAUCUUUUCUAGAUGACGCACGGCUUUUCGCGCACCAAGGCCUGAAGCGACGAGGCGCCGGAAGCAGUCGAGGCAGCACGUGCAGCAGCAAAGAGGGCAGCGACACAGUGCCGUCUUACGCCAACAGCCCCGGACACACCGACGCAGAAGAGUGUUCAGAGGGCCCGGACGACUCCCCACGCCUCCGCGCCGGGGCGGCAAGGCCUUCGAGAGACGACACAGCGGAUAUCUCUGCGGACGGCAGUCGGACGGUGAACGCCUGUGCGUCCGUGUCGACCAGCGCGUCUGAAAUGUUCCCAGACUUGCGACAUGCCGCCGAUGAGUUGUGUGACUCAUCCCCGCUCUCUGAGGACGACGAGGAAGAGCGGCAGGUGCGCGAGCAACUGGUGCGACUGCAGCGACGGCUUCAGGAGCUGCAGCAGAGACAGCAGCAGAAACGCCAAGGCGGGCUCUCUCGUAGCUCGCGGGCGAGUCCAGGCGCGAAGAGGCUUCGGUGUUCGGGAGGGCACGCUGCGGAGACUGGAGACGCCCGUGAGGGCGACUCUCGCCGCAUUCCGAUCGCAAGCCGACCCAGCACCUUGAGCACGAUGGACGCCAGCAGCCACUGCAGCAGAGAGAGCGCGGCGGCUAACCCUGGCGGAGAGCGGAGUAGCAGCUCGUCUCCGGGGCUGCCCGGCGCCCAUGCCGCCUCGGCUCACUCGAGUGGCGCUUUUUCACUUCCAGAGGCGAACUCGCCGUUACACUCUUCAAUUCGCGCACUUGCAGAUGAAGACCGCACGCUCCUCACGUCGCGGAAUGCAGAGACAGAGGAGAGGGGAUCCUACCGGCUGCCUGUGCGUCGCAUGGCAGAGGCAGUUGUGGAUGCGGCGGACCUCGACCUCGGCUCGCAGACGGCUGGCGAAAAGGAAAGCGGACCAGCAGGUGGCAGCGCAGACAUCAGCGAGGCGGUGUGUGAGUACUCUCGAGGGUCUCCAAGGGAGAUGCCGUGCGGGAAAAGGAAGCAUGUAGAUGACGAGGACGACUGCCCCCGCCAGAAGGGUGUUGACGCAGGCGCGGAAGGCCGGUUCAUUCAAGCUGCUGCUUCCUCGCUCCUCUCCCUCCUUGUCAACGCGCGCGCACACGACGCUGCGAAUGCCAGCGGCGUAGAUCAGAGAAUCCCUUCCCCUCCGAGCUCUUCUUCUGUCCCUUCGCCUUCGGCGCAAAACGGCUCGACGGGAGCCGCAGCGGAGCUCCUUCUCCAGAUCCUCGCGUCGUCGCAGGCCGCAGUGAAGCGCGCGAGCGCCACGUGGCAGCAGGCCGCGGCGGGGGCUCUUGAGAUGUAUAUGCCGGCGUCCUAUUCUGAAGGCCAUGCAGUGCCCGGCGCCCAUAAAGGGCUGGCAUUUUGGUCGGGAGACCGCUCUUGCCGUGAAGAGCUUGCGUCUUUCGCAGAUGAACCCAACGGCCUUCCCGCCUCGCUGCUCAGUCUUCUCGGGUCUGCAGCAGCUGCGCGCACAGCAGCAGACGGGCAAGCGAGCUUCGGAGGCCGCGGGCGAUCAGGACUCGCAGACAGGUGGCAGGGCGCAAGUGAGAACUGGCGAGCGAAGGAGGAUGACAACACAGGGGACUUUGGCUCCAGCCGGACUUUCGCGGGAGGAAUGGGCAGCGGUCCCUGUCCGUCGGCCGGGUUCACUUCGCCGCACGCGCCUCUGUUGCGCAGAGCCGCUCGCGCCCGCGAGCACUCCUUGUUCGACUCGGAGGCGACAACGCAGCUCGUGUCUGAUAUGCUUGGACGGGGGGACUCUCUGAGUCGCGCCCUCGCUGGGGUAGCCAGCAUUGCGGCGUCUGCCGCGCCCCGGCUGUUCCCAGAGCCAGACUCGCACGGCUACGCGAAUGGCGCAGACGCCGCGGUGAAGACAAUGCCCGUGCGGGCGCGCGCAGGUCGAUCUGGAGAGCAGGAGCUGUUCACGCCCCUGCCCUACGGCGACGCCGCGCGCGAGUUGCUUGACCGAAGCGCAGUCGCAUGUGGGAGCUUUGUGGGCAGUCCCCACUGCGAUGCCGGCUCACAAAUUCGUCCCGGCGCAGGGCUGCUGACGGAUGGUGUGCAGAACGACAAGGAGGAUGGGAAGCUCUCGGGGGGGGCGGGGACUACGGGUGCGAAGGCUCAGCGAGUCCUUGGGGGCAAGGACAAGAUAUGA